AUGUCCAUGAGGAGCCCCGUUUCUCCCCCCCUGGAGCUCGAUGGCGCGGGCAGCAUGGUGAACUGCACCAUCAAGACAGAGGAGAAGAAGGAGGGUGGCUAUGAGACCCCCCCAGGGGCUGCCCCCAGCACUGAGCCCCGUCCCUGCGACCCACCAGGGCCCCCACCGAGGGACAGCACCGACCCGCGCUCUGCCUUCGAGCCGGCUGUCAGCAGCCAGGAGAAGCUGGACUUCAACAGGAACUUGAAAGAGGUGAUGCCAACCAUUGAGAAGUUACUGUCCAGUGACUGGAAGGAGCGGCUGGGCAGGACCACUGCUGAGUGCAAGGAAGUGAAAGGAACCCAGGAGAGCCUGGCGGAGAAGGAGCUUCAGUUGCUUGUCAUGAUCAACCAGCUCUCCACGCUGCGGGACCAGCUCCUGACGGCCCACUCGGAGCAGAAGAACAUGGCCACGAUGCUCUUCGAGAAGCAGCAGCAGCAGAUGGAGCUGGCGAGGCAGCAGCAGGAGCAGAUCGCCAAGCAGCAGCAGCAGCUCAUCCAGCAGCAGCACAAAAUCAACCUCCUGCAGCAACAGAUCCAGGUAAACGUGGGGGACACCCCCUUGGACCUGCAGCCCAGCCCGUCCAACCUGCCUCUGGGGUUCCUGGGUGAAGGCGAUGCCAUCACCAAAGCCAUCCAGGACGCGCGGCAGCUGCUGCACGGGCACAGCGGAGCCAUGGAUGGAUCACUGAGCAACCCCUACCGCAAGGACCAUGUCGGGAUUGAUUCUUCCCCGGUGAAGGAGCGGAUGGAGGAGACCCCUGCCCACCGGCUGGAUGAGACUCUGUUGAGCUUUGAGAUGGAUGGCUCCCGGCACUUUCCGGAAUCCAGGAACAACAACCACAUCAAGCGGCCCAUGAACGCCUUCAUGGUGUGGGCAAAGGACGAGAGGAGGAAGAUCCUACAGGCCUUCCCAGACAUGCACAACUCCAGCAUCAGCAAGAUCCUGGGCUCCCGCUGGAAAUCCAUGUCAAACCAGGAGAAGCAGCCUUACUAUGAGGAGCAAGCCCGGCUGAGCCGGCAGCACCUGGAGAAAUACCCCGACUACAAGUACAAGCCCCGACCCAAACGAACCUGCAUCGUGGAGGGGAAGCGGCUGCGGGUGGGCGAGUACAAGGCAUUGAUGAGGAACCGGAGGCAGGAUGCCCGGCAGGGCUACGUGCUCGGGCCCCAGGGCAGCCAGAUGCCCCCCAGCUCGUCGGAUGUGCUGUCCCCGCGGCCGGUGGGCAUGCAGCUGAUGGAGCACUACCUGCCCCGCAGCAUGGAGCCCAGCAUGCCCGUCAUCGUCAACACCCGCAGCCUCAAGGAAGGGGAUGGAGGGGAGGACGGGCACUCGGUGCCUGAUGCUGAGAUGUUCCGCUACAGCGAGGAGGAGGACUCGGAGGGUGAGGACAAGAGCGACGGCGAGCUCGUGGUGCUGACGGACUGA